UAUAUUAAUGAUAUAUAUUCCUUUAUAUUAAUGUGUUACAUAGUCAUGUAGUCUAUUGAAAAAACUUGCACAUACACACAGGAAACAUACGAUCGCUCAAACAAAUAUGAUAAUAUAAACAUGAUAAACACGUAGUAUUGCGAAUUUGCAUAUCAUCAUAAACAGAUAAUCCCUACCAGAAGAAAAAUACUAUACAUCAAGAGAGGGGUACUGCAUAUUUCAACACGCGAAGAUACUGACGAGAGAGAGAAAGAAAUUACAUUAAGUCUUGCACACGCAAGGAAAGCCUACAAACUUUAUGUUGAACAUGUCUGCUUUGAAAUUCUUAACAUCGGAACAGAAGCAAUUUUGGGAAGAGAAUGGUUACGUUAAAUUGAUCAACGUGUACUCCUUAAAGGAAAUAAACGAAAUAUCGGAUGCUUAUAAUGAAUUGUUUGAGAGGAAACGUUGCGAAAAUCUCGCAGGUCUGGAGUCCGCUUGGGUCGGAGAAGACAUGAAGAAAGCAGCUGGAUAUAUCGAUUACACCGUGAAGUCCAUUCACAACCUGCAGAUGCAUAGCGCUAUCUUCACUCGCGCUAUCACGCAUCCGAAUCUGUUGGACGCCCUCGAAGAUAGCAUGGACACGUCGGACAUUCUGCUGCACCACACGAAAGCGCAUAUAAAGCCGCCGGAAAAAGGCGCGCCUUACCUGAUGCAUCAGGAUUAUCAUUAUUUUCCUCAUAAAAAACACACAAUGUUGGCGAUAUUCCUACACUUGGACGACACUACGCCAGAGAAUGGAGGUUUAGCGGUGUAUCCGGGUAGUCACAAGCUCGGCCCAUUGACAGACUACGGUUUGACUGACGAGAAAGGUGACCAAUAUCAUUAUGUCAAUCCUGAGGAGUAUCCCUUGUCGAAAGCCAUGCCGGUGUCGGCUAAAAGAGGAGAGAUUAUCAUCUUCUCUUACCUGCUUCUUCACGGCUCGUACUUGAACCUGUCGUCCAGAAGCCGGCGUAUGUUCCUGCUACAAGUACGAGCCGCCGAUGACGAGCCCACUGAGGACGUGCAUAAAUCUCCUUGUCAAGGCCUGGUACUUCGUGGUAGAAACGUUCACAGAGAGGCAACGAUGGCCAGCCGAUUUACGCAUUAAUUCAAUCAUUCAUCAUAUGGUAAACCGACAAACUAAGCACAAAUAUUUGCUUUGUCUACAAUAAUCUAAUUGUAAUAAAAACGCGGAAGAGACCGAGGACACAAAUGCAAGUUUUUUCUCCUAUGGACGAAAUCGAAACGGAUUAGCGCGAUGAGUUUUUGUUUGAUAUUUGUGCUAUGGAGAAAGAAUCUAGCUUCUGGCUUGAGUUUCAGGUUUCAGGUUGUUCUUCCCCGAAGAAGUAAACUUGAAAUGUUGACGGAAAUCGAUUCAUGAACGAUGCGGUCGAACCAAUCUAGGAGCCAGGUCGAGGACAUCUUGUCCUGUGCGUACUAUCUUUCUUUUUCUUUUGCAGCUUUAUUUUGAUCUUGCGUCUGAGCCGUUGUGUCUUUCGAUAUUUCGAAAAUACGGACUCUCAAAAGCCUAAAGUCGUUGACUGUUGUGAAACGCACGAAUAGUACCACGAAUCCUGCUGACCAGCUCUAUAUCAUUAACCGAGACAUAAUCUUGAAACAGAACAAGAAAGGUAGCGUUAAUAAGCGCAUGGAUUCGACGAACUGUCUCGCCGCUCACACAUUCCUACUUCCAACGCACGAAAGAUUUUGCACACAUCGUGUUCAUCAUGCACGUUGUGGAGACUGUAAAGACUCACAUAAUUCUGUAGGAUGACGCAUUCUCUUCGGAAGAACGAACGUAAUUAGAACUCCAUAGGGUGCGCUUUAUGAAACGAAAAAAACAUGCCUGCUUUGGAGCACGUCUUUUUGAUAUCUUCAUGAAGAGCAAUAUCAAGUCUGCUCUGGUAUAUCCCUUUCCCAUAUUAUCCGUCGCGUACAAUGUUACUAUCGUCAAGCAAAAGUUGAAGAGCAGCGAAGAGUUGUGCUCGACCACAACUCUCCAUGGAGUUGUGAAACUGUAAAUACCGAUCACUAUGGAUUUCUUUGUAACUUUGCCUUUUCAAUACUGUAUGGAAAGUGUUCUUUCAUGGAUAAGCAAAUGCGAUGUCACGUAUUGUUGUUACUUGCGUUUCCUGGCAUCAUAGUCACCCCUACCACACAUGCAGAACAGCGUCAUCUACACGGUGCCGAAUAUGCAGGACAGGAAACAUACAGUGAAGUAAAAUUCACAAUGACUCCUGUAAAUAUAAUUAACGAUGUUUACAUAUUGUCUCUAGUCGGUGUAAUUUGACUUCAGCUCCACGGCAUGUUCGUGACGAGCAGACGCUCGUCUACAUUGCUUGUAGAUCCGGGCAGUAAAUCCAACUUUGUCCAGAGAGGAUAGUUAUCGCCGAAAAUAUCAUGCUGAACCAACGAAAAUUGUCCAUAAGUAGAUGAAAUAUAUUAUCAAUAUAAUGAAAAUAUAUUAUCAAAUCGCAACAAAAUAUAAAUUAUAAUGCCAAUAUUGUUUGCAGAAGAAAGAGCCAUUAUCUGUUUCUUCAGUUUCAAGCAGUAGAAAUAUCAGCAAGCGUUCCGAAAUCCGAUAAUUCGUCGAGCACAAUUUCGUUACUUAUUCGUUAAAAGGUCAAUUAAUCUAAUUGACAAAUAUAACGAGCGAUAAAAUAUAACGAACAAUAUUGUAAAUAAGUAUAUACCAUAAAAUUCUCCAAGAAAAAGCGAAAUCUCGAUUCAUGAUUGACAGAUGUUGCAUUCAUCAUAUCUACGUCAUUUUUAAAUUAAAUAAUCUUUUCCUGAUUUAAAUAAAUUCAUUUCUAAACCAGGAUUAAUUGGUCCGGUUCGUGUAGUGUGUGUAAUUUUGACGUUAAUAAAUCGCGAGUUCUGCAACUAAAAAUUGAAAAAACGGGCUAUAGUCAUGUUUCUUCCUGGAUGUGUGAGUGUUGCAGGAAAAAUACCCAUAAUAUAUAGAACAAGAUAGCGUAACUGUAUCCUGACAGAAGGCUGAAGGAAAUAGGCAAGGAUCUAGGCAGGGCUUUCCACAGAAAUGAUAUUUCCGCAAAGUCUCGCUCGAUCAGUUUGGAAUAUUCCUCCAAGAGUCGCAUUUUGGACUCUUGUUCGCACGACACGACGUUUGCGGAGAGAGACAGCAAAAAAGAGGAGCGUCACAACAGUGCAAGUGCAACAUAUUGUACGCGCGACAGUUACUUUGUUGAGUGGAAAGUUCUAACAUUGAUGUAACGUUAUUGUUCGUCGGUGUUGAACCGUGCGUAACCCCACAUUUCUCUCUCGCACUUCCUGCUAAAACGUCGCGUAAUUUUUCGUAAGAGCGCGCGGCUUUCGCUCGCGCAAAGAAGCGGGAAUUUGGAUUGAGUCCGCUCAUUUCCACCGUACCUUCUGCACUCCGUCACCUCCCUGUCUCGCUCCCGAAUACGGAUCCCCCGAGUGCGGAUCUACGUUGCUCCAAGAGUAGCGGCGAGUGCAGCUAGUUUGCGAAGAACGGCAGGAACGAGUCGCGAAUUUGACACAGGGCCAGGCAUAAAACUGCAGAAAGCAGCGCGAGAGACUCCGCAAGCGGCCUCGCGGAAGGAAAACGGAGGAAGCCGCGGAUUCGUCGCGAACUAUCGUCUCGCGAGAGGAGACACGCGAAAGUCCGUCAUAGUCCCGAUACGUUCCGAGAUACGUGCAAUGAAAUUCCGAUAUAAUCGGUUCGCCGUAAUAGCCCACGGCGGGCGAGCCGAGAGCAAGCGGUGAAACCGGUAUAAUUUCGGCAGAGCUCAGUUUCCGAGGCUAUUGGCACGCGAAAACGGACCUUAACACGAGCGAGCGCGCGCGCGCGCCCGCCCGCCCGCCGCGUUUCGCGUACGCGGGGGAUCGUUAUCGCGCGGGCGCGGUUAUCGCGAUCCGAAAUC